AUGUCUUCGCGUCCUGCUUUAACUCCGGUCCUCGUCGACUUCAAAAACGCACUGGCCGAGCAGAAGCAUUUUUAUGCGUGCGGCGGUCGGAUAUCCAUCGCAACACCCACCACUGUCGACGGCGAAGCCGAGGCACGGUCGUCAACAUCUCUACGAACAACGCAGUCGAAACCAGUUACGAUUCGCUGGGACUUGAGCAAUCCGCCGCAUGGCGGUCUGGCCGAAUGCAAGCGAGUAACGCUCCCAAUUACUCAACAACGUGAUCGCGAUGCCCUCGACAGCCUGAGGGAUGAUUGCAAGCCAGCCACUUUUGGAUUAAACGGUAAAGACGUUCUCGACGAGACUUAUCGGAAGGCUCUGAAGAUGGACACCGAAUUAUUCUGCACCACUUUUGACCCUUAUUCCCUCGGAAUCGUCGAUACGGUGACGCAGAUGCUUCUUCCAAGCUUCGAGGAUCCGCAAACGCACCGCGCGGUAGAUGCGAGGCUCUACAAACUCAAUAUUUACUCCGGCCCAUCCGGUAUGUUCAAGGCCCAUGUUGACACGCCCCGUUCAGCCGCGCAAUUUGGAUCCCUCGUUGUCUGCCUCCCAGCUGAGCACCACGGCGGACAACUCAAAGUUCGCCACAAGGGCGAGGAGACAACUUUCGACUGGAGCACGCCUUCUGACGAGAGCAAGCUUCCUCAUAUUGAGUGGGCGGCUUUUUACAGCGACUGCGAGCACGAGGUGAUGGAGGUUUCCAGUGGACACCGGCUCACGCUGACUUACAACCUCUACGCGGUGCCUGGGACUAGGCACUUGACUGGCAGAUCAUCUGUAUUGGACCCAACAAGGCUGCCGUUACACAGCGCCAUUGAGAGAUUGAUCUCCGACGACCCGCUUUGUGGAAAAGGUUUGGUCUUUGAAGCGCUAUCAUACCAAAUUAGCGACCAAUCCACGCUGACUCUGAACGCAGGCGGUACACUGGGCUUUUGGUGCUCCCAUGCCUAUGCUUACAACGACACCCGAGAGGCGCCUCUCCCAGAAACACUGAAGGGAAUUGAUGCAUCUGUAUGGGAAAGUUUUCGGGCCCUUGGGAUCGAGGUCAAAAUUGCGCCCAUCAUCAGGAUGGAGGACGACGUGAGAAACUCGAUUGCCUACUUCCAUGAAUGGGAAAAGGCCCGCGAGCGCAAGCGUGAACCAAGAAAACGGUGUAGGCUGCCCUCAAAGUUUAUUGUUGGGAAUAAAUUCGGCUAUGGUAACGAGGGUUCCGCGGGCGCCAUGUACUCACACUGCGCAAUUCUUGCCUCUCUGCCGUCCAAGACAUCCAAGGACUCCGCCACCACUGCGUAA